AUGUUCAAGAGAUUUUCGACACCUAUUUUAAAGCCUUACUGGCCCUUUUUCGUGGGGGGUGUGAUCGUGUACUGGGGAGUUGGUAAAGCUGCCAGUGCGUCUGCUCAGACUUCUGAGUUCAUCAACGACCCCAGAAACCCACGUUUCGCUAGAGGCGAGAAGCCUGUGGAAUUGAAGUAG